UAUUAAAUUAUUCAGUUGAAAACAAUCAGCCAACAAUUAAAAAAAAAAAUUAAUUAUGGCUCGUAUAUCAUUAUUCUCAGUUAUUGGCUUAGCCACUUUAGUUCUCAUUGCUUCAGUUGGAGCAAAACCUGACGUAUCAGCAUCAUCAGGCACAGUAGCAUCAUCUGAAACAAGUGUACAAUCAAAGUGGCAAAGUACUGGCUCACAAACUGAUCCAUCUACAUCUUGCACAAUUAGCAAAAAAUCUUUAGAAGAAAUUAAAAGAGAAUUGAGAUGGAUUAUCAAAUACUCUGAAAAAGAUCUUAGUGAAUCACAAAAGAAAGAUCUUCUUUCCCGUUUGGUUAAGAUUGUAAACAUUCUUCUUUCUGAAAUUUUGGGCACCGUACAAAAUCUUGUGCUUGAACUUGGCGGUCGUAAAGGACUUCUUACUGGACUUUUGCAAGAAAUUGGAAAACUAUUAAAUGGUAUUCUUGGUGGACUUUUGACUGGUAAAAAGAGUGUUGUUGGUGGACUUUUGGAUACACUUGUAGGUCCUCAUGGUCUUGUCAGUGGUCUUUUGGGUGGCGUUACUGGUGGUGGUAAAGGAGGCUUAGGUGGUAUUUUAGGUGGUCUUUUGGGUGGUGGUUCUGAAAAAAGUGGUAGUUCUGAAAAAUGGGAAACUCACGAAACAAAAUCUAGUGGUGGUGGAGGUCUUUUAGGAGGUCUUUUAUAAGGUUGAUAACACAAUACUCAUAA